AUGGGUACACUCAAAAAAGCAGCACUGGAUUGGUUUAGUGGUCUCCCUGACCGAUCAAUCACCGACUUUGAUGUCUUUAGUCGGCUCUUCAUGACACAGUUCGCCGCUAACAAGAAGAAACCACCGAUCAUGUCGGACUUGUUCGACUUCAAGCAGCAGCGGGAGGAGUCGUUGAAGGACUUUCUGCAAAGGUUCAAUGAGGUCGCCCUGAGGAUAGCGUCCUUGGAUGAAAGGAUGGCAGUCACCGCGUUCCAUAAGGGCUUAAGGUCUGGAGCUUUCGACAUCGCCCUGGAGAAAGCGAAUUGUCAAACGAUGUCGGAGGUGAGAGCUUUCACCCUGAGUCACAUCAAGACAGAGAAGGGACAAAUCAACAAAAGGGCAGCUGAAAGCCGAGAGGAUGGGGUCGUCCCAAGAGAUUUUUAUUCCAUAUAA